GGGGGGGGCCUUUAGAGACCCCUCUGCUCUUCCUCCUUCCUCUUUGGGGGGGGAUUCCUGCUCGGAUGCUCAGGAUCCUGCCACCCCCUGACGUUCGCCCUUCGGUGGGGACCCUCCCAGGGAAUUCAAGCCUGGAAAAGGCUCCCUGCUUCCCUGUGAGCCAGGAUGAGCUCCGUGGCCAGCCCCGAGCCCCUGCCCGAGCCCCCCGGCCCCGGGUCCCGUUACCUGGAGAGCUUGGCUGAGGAGGACCCCGAGUACCUGCGGGCUCGGAACAUGGCAGCGGACCUGCGGCAGGACUUCAACAUGAUGGAGCAGAAGAAGAGGGUCACCAUGAUCCUGCAGAGCCCGUCUUUCAGGGAGGAGCUGGAGAGCCUCAUCCAGGAGCAGAUGAAGAAGGGGAACAACUCGUCCCACAUAUGGGCCCUGAGGCAGAUCGCCGACUUCAUGGCCACCACGUCCCCUGCCGUCCUCCCCACCUCCCCCAUGGGGCUGGCUUCUGUCACCCCCAUCAACGACCUGCACGGCCCCGAGGCACCGGCGCUGGCCAAGGGCGAGCGGUUGAUGCGGUGCAAGGUGGGCAGCAUCCACCGCCUGCUGGACCUCUACGGCUGGGCCCAGCUGGGACACGCGGCUGUCACCGUGAGCACCCCUAAAACGGGGGGGAUUGGGGGGUUUAGGGUGGAUUUGGG